AUGUUAUUGUUUAUAUAUUCUAUCGUUGUAAUCGGCACCACUUUUGCCUGCGACUGCAAUGAAGCCGUCGAAAGACUUUCAGCAGCUGAGAAGCUCUGCAACCUUCCAUAUGUGGUCCACUUGAAAAUCGACAAAGCCACGAAGAGCACCACCGGGCAUAAGCUCGAUCGGCAUGUUGACUACGAUAUCAGUCUGCUCUCAACAAUUCGGGACACCAAGUUCAACAGCACCGGCGAGGCAGCGCCAACGAAGAUGAAAAGUUUUGUUCUAUCCGCCCUCUGCGGUGUUGUGCUGCGCCAAGGAGAAUAUAUCCUUAGUGGUCUACUCGAUAAAGAAGGCGUCAUCAGCGUGAACCACUGCGAAAUGAUCGAGCGUUUUGAUGCAAAAGAUAAAGAGAAGAAAGACAAACUACUAAAAACCGAUUGCUCCAAGAUCCCGGACCUUACCGAUGAAAUCUCGGGCAAAAACAAAGGACCGAAACAU